UGUUGCGGUUUAUUGUUUUGUUCCGUUUCGGUUUUAAUAUUUUUUCGCUCGCGGUCUCCACGCACAGUGAACGACUCCCGCUGGCCAGUGAAAUCGGUGCGUAAAGUUGUGCAAUCGUGAGCCGGCGUGUCCGCGAGUAGAGGCCAUCUGGCAUAGCGAGGCGUAGAGGCUUCCGGCUAGCCCGAAAACAGCACUGAAACAGUCGUUAGAAAGCUGCAGCAGAAGCGGAAGAAAAAAAACGAAACAAGAAAAAAAAUAGCAAGAGAAACAAACGCCACCACGGCAAGUGACCGCGUGACUGAGAACACAGUGCACGUUUUCCGUUGACACGUUUCCACCUGCCAGAAGCAGCCGUCCUGUUUCUGGUCGCGACGAGUUUUGAGUAAAGUUUCAAAAAUUGAUAACCAAAAUCUUCCAUCGAUGAUGCUCCACGAGGCAGUGAUGUUGGAAAUCUACCGACAGGCCCUUCACGCUAGUGAAAUGGCCAGCCCUAGAUGCCAAUCGAGGGAAUCGUCGUCGGGCGGAGGGCGCUGUCCAUCGGACGAGUCCAUCCGCUCGGAGGGAGACCGGGAGGAGCAGGGGGCGGGCAGCGCCCUAAGCCCGGUCUCGAUCACCCUCCCACCGACGUUGCCACCGGCCGCUGCAGCCGCCCUCCUGCCUCAGCAUUCGGCCGCCAUGGCGGCGUACCUGAACGUAGCAGCCGUUGCAGCGCAACAGAACCGGCUACUACUGGGGUCGCCCCUGGCCGCCGGUCUCGCCUCCGUCCGGAACGGUUCCCCACCCGGUCUACCGCUCCGGUCGCCCACCGACGAAAGCGAUGACGCCACCGGUGGGGUGCUCGAUUUCAGCAAGAAACGCAGCGACGAGGACGACGACGACGAGGACGAGGAUGAUGAGGACGCACGGGGUGGCCACCGUGAUGACGGUGGUGGUGGUGGUGGUGGUGGCACUGGGGACGACGGAGACGGUGGCAGUGAGUGUGGGGAUGCCGUCAACCUCAGCCAGAAAGGAUCAGUCGGAGGGCUGGGUGAUAAUAGCAGCCCACUCGAUCUAUCCGUCGGAGCCCACCGGAAGCGAACGGGGCAUGAGGAAGCGGCUUCACCGCCACCCCGUAAAACCACCCGCUCGCUCGAUUACAAACCAGCCAUCGUAACGCCCUGGAGCACUCCCGUAACGCCUCAGCUGCCCUAUCUAGCUGCGGUCGCGCAAGGACUCUCACCCAAGGGCACACAUCAGAUGCACCAACAACACCAGCAGCAACAUCAGCAACACCAGCAGCAACAGCAAGGACUCGGAGAUACCGGUUGGAAUGGGAAGCAAAAGACAGCGGGCAUCGCAAACGACGCAACUAAAGCGCUCGAAAAGAUGUCCGAGUUGAGCCGGCUCGGGGGUGAAGACAUUUACCGACCACCCGGCGGUGGUGGUGGAGGUGCCGGUGGUGGUGGAUCGGGAGGACGACACAGUGCCUGGCAAUCGCACUGGCUGAACAAGGGUGCCGAUUCGGCAAAGGACGUGCUAAAGUGCGUCUGGUGCAAGCAAAGCUUCCCAUCGCUAGCCGCCAUGACGACGCACAUGAAGGAGACGAAACACUGCGGCGUUAGUGUUCCUCCCGGUGGUGGUGGUGGAGGUGGUGGUGGAGGUGGUCCAGGAGGUCCUGGGCAGCAACCGAUGCCACCACAAUCCGGUGGCCCCGGACAGGGACCCGGAUCGGGCGGCAAUUCUGGCAACCAAUCGAAACCCACACCGAGCGAGCUGAACAUGCUGAUCAAGGAGACGAUGCCGUUGCCACGGAAACUCGUGCGCGGGCAAGACGUGUGGCUUGGGAAGGGUGCGGAACAAACGCGCCAGAUCCUGAAGUGCAUGUGGUGUGGCCAAAGCUUCCGCACACUCGCUGAGAUGACGGCACACAUGCAGCAAACGCAGCAUUACACCAACAUCAUCUCGCAGGAGCAGAUCAUCUCGUGGAAAUCAUCCGACUCGGACAAGGGCACUGGUGGCGGUGGCACGGGUGGUGGCACUGGUGGUGGUGGAGCUUCCGGUGGUUCAGCCGGACCUUCCGGUCCACCGGGGCAACCCGGCGCUGGAGGUCCUGGUGGUGCAAACGCUCCAACAUCGGCGUCGGCAGCGGCCGCAGCACAAACGAACAGUCACGUGAGCGCGGUACUGACGUGCAAGGUGUGCGAUCAAGCGUUCUCCUCGCUCAAGGAGCUCAGCAACCACAUGGUGAAGAACGCCCACUACAAGGAGCAUAUCAUGCGCUCGAUCACGGAAAGUGGCAGCCGGCGGAGACAGACGCGGGAAAAACGCAAAAAGUCGCUCCCGGUGCGCAAGCUGCUCGAGAUGGAGCGCGCCCAGCACGAUCCGUUCGGGGGGAAAAACGGUGCCACAGAUGGUGUGGGUGCUGCUGCUGCAGCGGUCCUUAACGCGGCCAACAAACCGCUGCGAGAUUUGGGCGCUGGACGGAUUAGUUGCGAGAAGUGUGGCGAAAAGAUCGAAACGACACUGUUCGUCGAUCACAUCCGGCAGUGCAUCGGUGGGACGGCACUUUUGGCGGCUCAACAGCAACGCGAUAAGCUGAAGAGUGCUCUCCUGGCGAACGCUAUCCUCCCGCCCGAUUCACUCUCACCCGGUGCAUCGACGGGCCGGAAAAGCGCCUGUCAGGACGAUCCGUCGGGUUCGCCGCUUUCCGCACAAAAAUCCCCACUCACAGCGGAUCUGCUCUCACCGGUGGCACUGCUCGCGAAAAAGGACACCGUGGGUGGUGCGAAUGCGGGCGAUAAAAGCUCCUCACCAUCGGUGUUGAACGCGAUCGAGCAGCUGAUCGAGAAAAGCUUCGAUACACGAUCGCGCCACGGUGGCGGUGGAUCGAACUACGGUGGUGGAGGUUCCGGAGGUGGUGGUGCCGGCGCCGGUGGUGGUGGUGGUGGCCAAAGCUCCACCCCACUUGGAUCGAGCAUCCUGAAGCGGCUCGGUAUCGACGAGAGCGUAGAUUACACGAAACCGCUGGUUGAUCCGCAAACGAUGAGCCUCUUGCGAUCGUACCAUCACCAUCAGCAGCAGCAACAGCAACAGCACCAACAGCAGUACGGUUCGCAACACCAGCAGCAGUACGGUCGGCGUGAGCGCAGUGGCAGCGAAUCAAGCUCCAUCUCCGAGCGUGGUAGUUCGCGGUUGGAUUCACUCACACCCGACAAAAAGUUCGACACACCGAGCCACUCGACACCACGCGGCACACCCGACAAGCCCUUUGGCGAGCAGAUCGGUGAAGGGCACGCCAGCGGUCACGAGCUAACCGAUCUUCCACCGAUCAAGCGCGAACUGCACAGUGACGACGAAGAGCCCGCAAGGACCCCGGUGGUGGCUCCAGGAAGGAUUCGCAUCAAGAAAGAGCUCGUGCAGGACCCGAUGGACCACGAUGGGCGUGAUUCGCCCGAUCAGGAGAUGCGACCACCGAGCAAAGACGAUCGUGAGGAUGGUGGACGACGGGCGAGUGUGGCAUCGAGUCCGGCACCGAGUCCGCGUCUUUCCACGGCCAGUGUACCGCUCAGCCCGGCCGCAAGCCCCCUGUCCGAUCACCAUUCCAUCGCGUCCCGUUCGACACCGGGUGCGGCCGAUUUGCCCAAGAAACCGUCGUCCUCCACCGGUAGCAGCAGCCUCGGUGCCCUUUCGUCCAUGUUCGACAGCCUCACGGGGGCGGGUUCGGGUGCGGGAGGCUCCGAAGGACCUGGUGGGGCCACUUCCGGUACGCCCGGUGGCAAAAAGUCCAGCGCUCAUCCACUCGCGGCACUACAGAAGCUUUGUGAUAAGACCGAAACACCCUCGCCGGGUGGUGCUAACGGUGGUGGUGCUGGUGGAGGUCGAUCGGGAGGAUCGAGCAGUGCGGCUCUUCUAGCAACCACAGCAGCUGGAUCGGGUGGUUCUCGAACCGCACCCGGGGCGAUCCUCGCCUUUAGUUGGGCCUGCAACGAAGCCGUCCUCUCCGAGGACGUCGCUGGUGGUGCGAUCAAGUGCGCCUACUGUGAUACCACGUUUGGUUCGAAGGGUGCCUAUCGGCAUCACCUUUCCAAGGCACACUUUGUUAGCGAUGACGUCAUCCCGGACCCGAAAGUCCCCGCCAGUGGUGCUCAAUCGCUGAAAACGCGCGCCUCACCGGCACCACAUUCGCCCAAAUCGACGGGUUCGACGGCACCGCUCGCGUUGGUUACGACAUCAUCCGCAUCGUCCUCAUCGUCCUCAUCGUCGGGUGGUGGUGGUGGUGGUGGCCGGGAUAGUGUGGAACGACGGGAGGCAGGCAAUGGGCCGUCAACGAAGAGCCCACCACCGGCGCAAUCGCCCGCCUUCGACGAAAGCCCCCAUUCGAAGUUCCUCAAGUACACCGAGCUGGCCAAGCAGCUGUCGUCGAAGUACGUCUGA